AUGGCGUAUCGAGGCAGAACGGGCUACGAAGAGGGCCAUAUGCAGCAACAAUACAAUGAUGGCAAAGUGGACGAUCUACAGCACAAAGUGUCGGCCCUCAAACGGAUCACGCUGGAUAUUGGCGAAGAGGUCCGCAGUCAGAAUCGCCUUCUCAACGACAUGGACACCGAAUUCGAGUCUGGCAAGGGGAUUCUCCAGAAUACAAUGAGACGACUGGGCAUUGUGGGAAAGAGCGGAGGCAAGAAUUUGAUCUUCUAUCUGCUCGGCUUCUCCCUCUUCGUCUUUUUCGUCAUCUAUCUACUCGCCAAACGGGGA